GAAAAGCAUAGUUCCAGCAUGAUCAGCAUUCUCGCUCAGGAGCGUCUUCUUGGCGCCACGCUGGGUAGCGCCUUGACUGGACUCAUCGUUCUUGAGCAGCGAAAACUCAUCAAUCAAUCCAUCUCCGAUCCUAAAUCUCAAUCUCAGGUGAGAGAUAGCAUGUUCGGUAAGAAAUAUCAGAUGGAAUUUGCAUCUCUGUGGAACAAAGCUGUGGACCAGACCUUUGAACCUGCCAUUCAGUAUCUUAGCUCUCGUAGAUGGUAGAGAAAGAUUGAUUCAACUACUUUUUUUGCGGCAAAUGUGAAAAACUUUCAACGAGACGAGAAGCAUUUCGAUUCUUGCCCCUUUUUUUUAGAUACUACGAAAUCAUUGGGUGGGCUUUGUCUUGAUCACAGCACUAUCCCUACUUUCUUGAGAAGAGAAUUGUUGUGUUUACUGAAAAUGUUAAACAUUGGUUUAUAACCCGUUGAGCUUGAUGAUUGAAAUGAUGUAACCCAUGUUCCCGUUCUCUUGUUAUAUUGUGUAUUGAUCAGCUAUCGGCAGGUGAUCAGUAUUUAAUAUGGCAGUAUCUU